AUGUACACUCCCAGAAGCACCACUGAAUGGGCCUUUGGCGGAGUAAUGGGGAGCCAAAUGUUAAUAAUCCUCGUUCUCGAAACUUAUAUCCUUGUGCAUUGGCAACUGUGGAUGCGCCCAGAAGCCAUUCAAAUCACCCCUUCAUAUAUUGUUCCUCUGGAGGCUGCACUUACAUGGUUCGCUAGCGUCUAUGAACUCUUGCUUUCUUUUGAUGCUAUGCGUCACAAAAAUAACAUUCUACUGUUUGCCAUCUGCAUCAGUAAUGUGCUUGCCGUGGCGUUCGCGGCCAUGCAAUAUCCAGCGAUGAAAGGCUUUUGCGAGACCAUGCCUGAGCAACGGACAAUGUAUGACCAACCGCUGGUGGAUAUCAGUCGAAACAUUUGGCCGCAAAUCCGAGGCCCUCAACUUGCCGCCCCCAUCUUCUUUGGACUUUGCACUGUUGCAAUCUGGGGGCUUGCAUACAAACUACAUAAUCAAUAUGCCUGGUCAAUCUACCGAAGUGUGCAGGGUGACUCACAUACAAGAGCUCGACAUCUCGCCUAUGAAGUUUAUGUUGUCCUUGUCAAGCUAGAUGCUUUCUUCAUUAUCUGUUUCGUACUGCAGUAUGGCUUGAUCGAUGUUCACUUCGCUGAGCCAGAGUUCGGCUUGACCAUGUCAAUAAUACCAACCCUCACAUUGAUUAUGGUCUUUGGGGUAUACUUUGUCCGCAAGGAGCACAAGCCACUCAUGCUGUUUGUUAUUAUCUGCCAUUUGGCUAUGAUCGCAUACCUACUGUCCCGAGUUAUUGUACUCUUUGGCCACAGUUUCCUUGCGCGAACACCUACCAAAAACAUCAUGCUCCUUUUCGCAUUUGCAUCAUUGAUCCUGACGAUUUUGUCUCUCAUAUGUGGUAUCCGGUGCGUUCUGAACUUUGGGUACGGAUUGAAACCGAUUCUGGCCGGCAAAGCCCAUUCAAUUCGCGCAUCUUAUGAUUUCCACACGAUCUCUGGACACACUCCUGUGCCGGAGUCUCUGAGAGAUCGGCGACUGUCUCUUGAUUAG